UCACACCCUCGACAGCUGUUUGUCUUCACUGAUGGAGAGGUGGGAAACACCAAAGAAGUUAUUGACCUUGUUAAGAAGAAUUCAUGCUCCCACAGAUGUUUUUCCUUUGGGAUCGGAGAAGGAGCCAGCUCUGCUCUCAUCAACGGGAUGGCCAAAGAGGGAGGAGGUCACGCUCAGUUCAUCACUGGGACUGACAGGAUGCAGCCAAAGGUGAUGCAGUCACUCAGGUUUGCUCUGCAGCCUGCGGUGGAGGAUAUUUCUGUCUCUUGGGAUUUACCAAAGGGAGUGUCUGCCACCAUUCUCUCUCCUCCCAUUACAACAAUCUUUCAGGGUCAGAGGUCACUGAUUUAUGCUCAACUUACAGGACAGAGUUCAGAGACAACAGAGGGCAGUGUGACGGUGAAGUUUAGCUUGGCAGGUCAUCCCUCAAAUAACCAGCUCCACUUCAGCCUAAAACCUGCAGAGGAUUCUGGGUAAAACUCCU